AUGACUCUUUCAUCUGAAAAAGUCCUUCAAAAGCUUGAAAGAGUAGGAGAACACUCUCAUAUACGAGGAAUAGGCCUGGAUGAUUGCCUAGAAGCCCGGGCAUCCGCUGAUGGAAUGGUUGGACAGGAGCGUGCACGUAGAGCAGCAGGAGUUUUGCUACAGAUGAUCAAAGAAGGGAAAAUUGCAGGGCGGGCCAUCCUUAUUUCAGGUCCUCCUAGCACGGGGAAGACAGCUAUAGCAAUGGGAGGUCUGGCGCAAAGUCUUGGAUCAGAGGUCCCUUUUACGAUGAUUUCGGCAUCAGAGAUCUUUUCACUGGAAAUGAGUAAGACAGAGGCGUUAGUUCAGGCAUUCCGUAGAAGCAUUGGUGUAAAAAUUAAAGAAGAAUCCGAAAUUAUUGAAGGAGAGGUGGUAGAAAUCCAGAUUGACCGAUCAAUUACGGGAGGUAACAAACGUGGAAAGAUGAUUAUGAAGACGACGGAUAUGGAGACAGUGUAUGAUUUGGGGAAUAAGAUGAUUGAUGCACUUACAAAGGAAAAAGUAAUUGCAGGGGAUGUUAUUAUGAUUGACAAAGCGUCUGGUAAGAUUUCGAAGCUUGGGUGUUCAUUUGCAAGAGCAAGAGACUAUGAUGCAGUGGGAUCGGACACCAAAUUUGUCCAGUGCCCAGAAGGAGAGCUUCAGAAGCGAAAAGAAGUUGUUCAUAUGGUUUCUUUGCAUGAAAUAGAUGUGAUCAAUUCAAGAUCUCAAGGGUUUCUUGCAUUAUUUUCUGGAGACACAGGUGAGAUCCCGUCGGAAGUCCGAGACCAAAUAAAUACAAAAGUAAACGAAUGGAAAGAAGAAGGAAAGGCCGAGAUAUGUUCAGGUGUCCUUUUCAUUGAUGAAGUUCACAUGCUUGACAUAGAAUGUUUUUCCUUUUUGAAUAGGGCUUUAGAAGAUGAUCUUUCGCCCAUUGUUAUUAUGGCGAGUAACAGAGGCAUUGCUCGUAUCCGGGGAACAAAAUACAAGAGCCCUCAUGGUAUUCCUUUGGAUUUUCUUGACAGGAUGCUUAUUAUUUCAACCCGUCAGUAUACAGCCGAUGAAAUUAGACAAAUCUUGCAUAUAAGAUGCCAAGAAGAAGAUGUUGAAAUUACUCCAGAUGCGUUAAGUCUUUUGACAAAAAUAGGACAGGAGACUUCAAUCCGUUAUAGCAUUCAUUUGAUUGCUACUGCACAUUUUAUAGCACAAAAAAGAAAGUCAUUGCAGAUAGAUAUCGAAGACAUCCAGAAAAGCUAUACAUUAUUUUUGGACCAGGCGAGAAGCGUUCAGUAUUUGGAAGAAUAUGCCCAGCAAUAUAUAUCAGAAAAUGAUUUUAUUGGAGAAAUAGAUCAAACUAGCCCAAUGAACAUCUAA